AAAGUCCCAAUCUUGUGCAGGCCCACUUCGCACUUUUCCACAACGUCGCUCUGCAAACACACAGGCAGCUCAUUGUCAUAUUUAAGUUUCGUCCCUCUCUUCCACUCCAGUGCACUCGGCACUUCCUUUUCACCCCAGCAAGGCGCACCAACUGAGAAUGCCUGCCAUUACACUCGCGCAACUCGCAGCGCUGCAGAAAAACAGAGACAAGAUCAGAAAUAUCUGUAUCCUCGCACACGUUGACCAUGGUAAAACGACACUCUCCGAUAGUUUGUUGGCCUCAAAUGGAAUCAUCAGCGCAAAGCUUUCAGGAAAGGUCCGCUACUUGGACUCCCGCGAAGACGAGCAACAGCGAGGCAUCACCAUGAAGUCGUCGGGAAUAUCCCUCUUUUUCCAAAUCUUGCGUCGGUCAAAUGACACCCAGCAACAACAGGACCUCCCCGCCGCAAAGAGCACAUCCUCGAUAUCCAGUACCCCGGCAUUACAAAAAGACGACUAUCUGAUCAACCUAAUCGAUUCACCGGGACAUGUCGACUUUUCAUCGGAAGUAUCCACCGCAUCACGCUUAUGCGACGGAGGGCUGGUUCUCGUGGACGCAGUAGAGGGGGUAUGCACGCAAACACAUACCGUGCUGCGACAGGCAUGGACAGAGAACGUGCGGCCCAUCCUCGUCCUAAACAAGAUUGACCGUCUCAUCACCGAACUGAAACUUUCACCAUCCGAAGCGUAUACGCAUCUCAACAAGAUCCUCGAACAGGUCAAUGCGAUCAUGGGGACUUUUUACUCCGAAGAUGUCAUGAAGGAGGAUGCGGCGCGGUAUGAGGAGUAUGCAAAGAAGCGGGCACAGGAGGCUGGCGCUGCUGAUGGGGCGAACGGCACAGCGGAUGAAGACAGCGCGGAGUGGCAGCUCGAACACCAUGACGAUUCCAUGCUGUACUUUUCGCCCGACGCCGGGAACGUGAUUUUCGCCAGCGCGAUCGACGGGUGGGCGUUCCGGAUAGAGCAGUUUGCACAAAUCUACAGCGCGAAACUCGGUAUUAAGGAGCAGCUGUUGCGGAAAUGUUUAUGGGGCGAUUACUUCCUCGACCCAAAAACGAGACGGGUGGUUGGCCACAAGGGCGUGAAAGGGCGAGCGCUGAAGCCGAUGUUUGUGCAGUUCAUCCUCGAAAACAUCUGGACGCUCUAUACCACUGUCUUGGAAACGAACGACAGGGCGAAAGUGGAGAAGAUUGUGAAUGCUCUAAACGUCAAGCUGUUACCGAGAGAUCUAAAAUCUAAAGACAGCCGCGCCUUAUUACAGACGAUCAUGGGACAGUGGCUACCGCUCUCCUCUUCAGUGCUGCUCACAGUCGUAGAGCAGCUCCCGUCACCCGCCACCGCCCAAAAGGAACGGAUCCCGAAAAUUCUCUUUUCGAAACGCAAAAAGGACGACACCAGUCCGCUGUCCGCAUCCCUCAAAGAGCUUGAAAAGCCCCUCAUCGAAUGCGACGCAUCCGACUCGGCUCCCGUAGUCGCGUACGUGAGUAAAAUGUUCAGCGUGUCACCCGACAUGCUCCCCUCCAGCAAACGCGCGCCAUUGACCGCGGAGGAGAUGCGCGAACGGAGGAGACUGGCGUUGGAGAAACAGGCGGUUUUGGCCGCCGCGGCUUAUGCGAAAUCGGGCGAGGUGCCUGCACCAGCCUCCGCCGCUCCGGCUGUGCCCGAACAUGUGGAUUUGGAUGAGGCGAGGAAAGCUGCGGGUGUUGAGUCUGGACCCGCGGUGUUGGACACCUCUGGCACGGAUGACGCUUCAACACCAAUCUCUUCGCAAGAAGAAGCCCCAGAAGGCGAACAACUAAUCGGCUUCGCGCGCAUCUACUCCGGCACAAUCCGCGUCGGCCAAAAAAUCCACGUUCUAGGUCCCAAAUACAACCCCGCCGACCCCACCCGCCACCGCACCGAAAUCACCGUCCAAAACCUCUACCUCAUGAUGGGCCGCGAACUUCAACCCCUCACCUCCGUCCCUGCCGGCAACGUCUUCGGCAUCGGCGGCCUCGCCUCCCACGUCCUCAAAACCGGCACACUCAGCUCCGUCAUCACCUGCCCUUCUUUCGGCGGCGUCAAAGCUGAAGCGGCCCCGAUCGUCCGCGUCGCGCUGGAACCCGUCAACCCGAACCAGAUGGACCAGCUUGUGGAGGGGUUGAGGAUGUUGAACCAGGCGGACCCGUGCGUGGAGGUGUAUCUGCAGGAGACGGGCGAGCAUGUGAUCGUGUGUGCGGGCGAGCUGCAUCUGGAGCGGUGUUUGAAGGAUUUGAGGGAACGGUUCGCGAGGUGUGAGAUUCAGGUUUCGCCGCCUAUCGUACCAUUCCGUGAGACAAUUUCAGGAUUACCCGCGCUGAACCCUACGCAGCAGCAGCAGCAUGUCAAUCCUGCCUCCGUGACGACAAGCGGAGAUGCAGAAGCGGGAGCAGAUAUGGUUGACGAACACACCGCAGCAGCACAAGCAGCAGACGACGCAACAGCAAAAGCCAACCUCCCCCUCGGCACAAUCAUCCUCUCCACCCCGAACAAACUCGCCACCCUCCGCGUGCGCGCCGUACCCUUACCAUCCCACGUAACAGCCUACCUCGAAAACAACGCGAAAACCAUCCGGAGCAUCGUUGAAGGAACCGACGACGACGACGACGAUGAUGACGAUGCCCAAUCAUCCUCCUCCUCCUCGUCUCCCAUAACAACAACUGCAGCAAAACCCAAAUCCCGCGGCGAAACCUUCCUCACCGGCCUCCAAUCCGCCUUCGACGACGCCAUCAAAGAGGGCGAGGUCAAAGACCCGCAGGUGUGGACGGGCGUCGUGGAGCGGAUCUGGGCGCUGGGACCCAAGCGGGUGGGACCGAAUUUGUUUGUGAAUGAUGUUAAGGGGUAUGAGAGGGCGGGGUGGCUGGAGAGUUGUAAGGGGGCGAGGAAUGCGAGGGGACGGGGAAAGGCGGGGAGGAUGGGUGGCGAGGAGGAGGAUGUGGGGGACGAGAACGGAGUUGAGUCAACGCAAGACGACGCGGAGGACAGGGAAGAGACGUCCACGAGGGAUACUUCACGACUUAACAUCAAAGCCUACGAAUCCUCCCUUCACACCGCCUUCCAACUGGCCACCUUCCAAGGGCCGCUCUGCGCCGAACCCAUGCAAGGCCUCUGUUUCUUCCUCGAAUCCCUUACGUUCCCCGCACCACCCACACCCCCAACCCCGCAACAGCUCACGUUAUUGUCGGGAAACCUCAUCUCGACUCUGAGGGAAGCCCUCCGUCUCGCGUUUUUGAGCUACUCCCCAAGAUUGAUGCUCGCGACAUAUACAUGCGACCUGCAAACGCCGUCAGACACGCUCGGCAAAGUCUACGCGGUCCUCGCUCGCCGUCGCGGGCGGAUCCUCGCUGAAGAGAUGCGCGAAGGCACCCCCUUCUUCAACGUCGUCGCGACCCUCCCCGUCGUCGAAUCGUUCGGGUUUGCGGAUGAGUUGAGGAAACGCACGAGUGGGGCUGCGUCCCCGAUGUUGGUUUUUGGAGGGUUUGAGGUUUUGGAUGUGGAUCCGGAUUGGGUGCCGAGUACGGAGGAGGAGUUGGAGGAUCUGGGGGAGAAGAGUGAUCGGGAGAACUUGGCGAGGCGGUAUGUGGAUUUUGUGAGGGGGAGGAAGGUAGGUUUUUGCGUGUGCUUGCAUUGGGAUGUUUUGUUUGCUGAUAUGCCGCAUUGGGAUGUUUUGUUUGCUGAUAUGCCGCAUAUGAUCUGUUUGCUGACCAUGCGCUUUCUUUACAGGGAAUGUUGGUCGCCAAGAAGAUUGUGGAGGACGCGGAGAAGCAGCGCACGCUGAAACAGAAAUAGACAUUGCACGCACGCGAAUCAGGGAGGUUACACAUACACCACUGCACGACACACACACACAGCAUAG